UCGACUGACAUUUGAGACUGCAAAGUGUGGUUGGGGGAUUCCCUUGGGAUGAUUGGCGACACUAAACUUUCGAAACUCAAGGGGAAAGGGCACGCACAAUACAGUCCAUAAAGUAAAAGUGGAACUUGAAAGUAAACGUAUAAAGAAGCUGACACGUUAUUCGAUAGGCGGUGAGUUCAUAAAUCUGGGCGUUUCCCUUUACAUUGUGUGCUCUGCUUUUACUUUUGGUUUCGUUUUGAAAAAGAAGCAAUUCAUUGCAUUAGCCUACAUUUAUUUGGCAGACGCUUUUAUCCAAAGCGAAGUACAACAAGUGGAUAAAUAAGCUAAAUAAGUCGUUUUAUGUAACAUGUAGGCGUAUUUCGUAGCCAGCAGUGUUUCAACGUAACCUGGUGGACUUUAAGAAGUAACGGUAAUUUUUACGCACGGUUAAUGAGCCGAGCAGCUGCGGAACGCAAAACUAGGCUACCACUGAACGGCGAAGGAUUGGCGGAGCACAGCUAAACAGCGAUGGCAUCAGGGGGUCCUAUCUGGCUGGUCGAAUGCUCCUGGCAUGGCAACAUUAGGGUGAACCCCGAGGCCGUCGGUAUCCUAUCCCGCCUCCCACCACCCCUUCGGGUGGUUAGCAUCUUCGGACCUCGCCAGUCUGGAAAGUCCUACCUGCUUGAUGUCCUGGCGGGAAGCACAGGGUUCGCCGCCUCCAAGGGGGAUUCUCCCGACGACCUGCGUAUCAACAUGUGGACUCUCCCGGACACGGAGGACCCGGGCCACACUCUGGUCCUCCUGGACACGGAGGGCUUCGAGCAAGACCUGGGGAUUGAAGCUGCAGCUUUUACCUGUCCCAUCUUCACUCUGUCCCUGCUGCUUAGCUCUGUCUUCCUGUACAACACCCGGGGGCCCGUGAGCACGGAUGCCCUGGACCAGCUCCUUCAUGUGACUAUGCUGGCCAAUCAGGUGAGCCUGCCUGCCAUCAGCUGGGCCGGUGAGAGUCUCCUGCCGGAGUUUGUGUGGUGUGUACGAGAUUACGACCUGGACGUGGCAAUGGGAGACGUGGAGCUGAUGCCUGAAGACUUCUUGGAUUCUGUCUUCAAUGACGCAAAAGGCCUGCAGUCUCCCGCGGGGGUCGUUUGUGAGCUCUUCGCCCGGGAGAGGAUGGAGAUCUUUGAUUUCUGCCACCCUCAGAGCGGCGCGGAGACCCUGGAGGGGGUCCCGCUCAGCGAGCUGGAGCCCCGCUUCACCAGGCAGGCCAAAGCCCUGAAGAAGAGCAUCUGCAGGAGUGACCCCAAAGUCCUCCAGGACUGUCGAGCCCUGAGUGGCGAAGAUCUGGGAGACAUUUUGAAUCAGUUUGUGGACAGCUUGUCAAGAGGCUCACUUAUCCAGCUGGACGGUGUAAUUGGGGAGAGUUCACGGGCAGAGGAUGCCCAGGACCUAGACUUGCCCAGGGACUGUGAGGUCCCCACAACGGAGGCGUUGCCCAGGUACGCUGAGGUCCCCAGAGAGGUGCAAGGGCCUGUGGUGGAAAGAGAGAUGCCACUGAGAGAAGCACCCGCACGUCCAUACGGAGAGUCUUCUGCUACUGGGACGGCAGACAGAAUAACAGUCGGCAGACAUCUUGUGGACAUGGACAGGCCUGUCUGUCUGAUAGAGAACACAAGCGCUGGUGAACUGCAGGUGAACCAGGAAUCCCUGGACAUUCUGAGGUCAAUCCGGCAGCCUGUGGUGGUGGUGUCCAUCGUAGGCUUGUACCGCACGGGCAAGUCUUACCUGAUGAACAGGCUGGCUGGGAAGCAGACAGGGUUCCCCUUGGGCUCCACUGUCCAGUCUGAGACAAAGGGCAUCUGGAUGUGGUGUGUGCCACACCCUCACAGAGAUGACCAAACUCUGGUCCUGCUGGACACUGAGGGUCUAGGGGAUGUGGAAAAGGGGAAUCAGAAAAAUGACACCUGGAUCUUUUCCUUGGCUGUCCUCCUGAGCAGCACAUUGGUCUACAACAGCAUGGGCACCAUCAACAAUGAAACUGUGAUGAGCCUGCACUAUGUGACAGAGCUGACCGAGCACAUCAAGGUGAAGUCCACCGAGGAGGAGACGGAAGAGACGUCUUCCGACUACGUCCGCUUCUUCCCCACCUUCAUCUGGGCUGUGAGGGACUUCACUCUGGAACUCGAGAUCAACGGAGAAGCAGUCACUGCGGACGAGUACCUGGAGAACUCCCUGAAGCCAAAAAAUGGUUCCUCUAAAGCGGUUGCCCUGAGUAACGAUGCCCGGGAGCGCAUCCGGAACUACUUCCCGGAGCGGAAGUGCUUUGUGUUCGACCAGCCCGGCUCCAAGGAGAAGCUGAAGCUUCUGGAUCAACUGGCAGAUUCUGAGCUGGACCCUCAAUUUGUGAAGAAGACCUCUGAUUUCUGCGGCUACGUUUUCGGCUGUUCCAAAGAGAAGACCGUUAAAGGGGGGAUCACAGUCACCGGGAGCUUGCUGGGGAACUUGGCGGUGACGUACGUGGACGCCAUUCGUAGCGGGAGUGUCCCGUGUUUGGAGAACGCCGUGGAGGCGCUGUCUAAGAUCGAGAAUUCGGCGGCGGUCGAUGAGUCUUUCGCCCUCUACAGGCGGCUGCUGGGAGAGCGGGUGAAACUGCACACCGAGACCCAGGAGGAGCUCUCCAGCGCUCACGAGGGCUGCCUGAAGGAGGCGCUGCAGCUCUUCAUGAAUCGCUCCUUCAAGGACGAGGACCAGAAUCAAGAAGCACUCAUGGAGCGGGUGAAGAAGGCGUACGAGGACAAGUGCGCGGAGAACGAGGAGAUGUCGCGGAAACACUGCAUAGCUCUCCUCCUCCAGCUGGAACAAGUCAUGGAACCGGAGGAAUCCUACAUGAAGCCGGGGGGAUAUCAGCGCUUUAAGGCCCACCUGGACAAAUUGGUUGAACUGUACAAAAGUGCCCUGGGCAAAGGGGUGAAGGCAGAGGAAGCCUUGGAGGACUACUUGUCUGAGAAAAACCAACUGGAGAAAAUAAUUCUGACAGUAGAUAGAAAUCUGUCAGAACAACAGAGGCAUCUUGAGGAGCAGAGAGCCCAGACAGAGAGAGCAAAGCAGAGAGCAGCAGCAGCCCGAGAACAGCAGAUGGCUCUGGAGAGAAUAAUGAAUAAUGUAGAAAGGGCUCGUCGGGAGAACGAGAGGCAACUGAUGGAGAAAAUGGAGAGGGACCGGAGAGCGUUACUGGCGGAAAACCAGCAGGUUAUGGACCAGAGACUGCGGGAGCAACGUGCCCUGUUGGAAGAAGGGUACAACAGCAGGGCGGAACAACUGGACGAGGAGAUUCAGCGAAUGCUGGAGGAGCUCGACUCGCGUAAUAGAAACGGAGGAGGAGGAGGAGGAGGAGGAGGAGGCUGUGUCAUUUCCUAAGGACUGGAGCCAAAUGGGCAAAAUGCGUGUGCUGCCACCUGUUCAUUCUUUUCUUUUCUGGGUUCAUUCGCACUGGCGCUGAACAAGAGGACCUCGGAAAACCGCGUCGUUUCAUGACCUCGUCGUUUCAUGAUGUUUAUGUUGCUUUAUGUUGCAAUCGUAUGCCAUCUGUGCCCGCUCCACAAAGAGAAAUGUGCAAUUAUUUCAGUAUAAUUAUACAAAACUUUACCUAUUUAAACAUUUAAUUAUAUUAGGCAAUUUUCUGACGUAGAAUUCAAAUGCUGAGGGAGGUACGUGCAUGUGUAAAUGUUGAUUUUUUUUUGUUCUAAUAUAAAAGUAAAAUAAAACUUGUUAAAACUUG